AGUGUACACAGUUCUGCAGGAUCGUCCGCAUAGCGUCCGCAUUUCGCAAAUCCGCCGUCAGUGUACUACGUGUGCGUUUUGCUCUUUCUGCAUGCCAGAGAUUUCACCAGCUUGCUAGCUCCCGCUUCUGUUUUCCCCUCGCCACCACAUUCUAUAGCUGGAUCAGCGGACAUUUGGGGUCCAUUGAUUGAACCUCCCCAAGUUCACCGCUUCAAUGGCACGCGACUUUUGCUGCCCGCUCCAUAGCAAGGGCAGCCUGCUUCAUGAGCGCAGCCGGCCCCGUUGCAGCAGGCGGUUGAAUAGCAGAAAGUUGGCACCAUUGAAUAGUCACGGAGCCUGCGUCAAAAUGCUGUAAGAGAAAGACUGGAGAAUGGCCGCGAGCGGCAGCUCAAUAGAGGCUCAAUGGGAAUGCACCCUCUGCAAGCUCGUAUGCACGAGUCUGAAGAUGCUGACACAGCAUGAGCUGGGGAAGAAGCACGCCAAAGCAGCAGCAAGAGCAGUGCGGGAGAAGAAUGCUGCACCGAUUGGUGGUGUGGACUGUACCGCACAUUUGGGUGCCAAUGUGGGGAUGGAAGCAGGAGCAAAGGGCAAGGGACUUGAAGAAGGCGUGACAGCAAGCGAUGAAGAGCAGACUGAUGGCCCAGGCAUAAUCGACCCAUUCCCUGGGAAAAACGGACCAAUCUGGAGAGUGCCACAUGCUGGCUGCCUUCUCUCAAAAGGAGUCUCAGAAAAGGAGGACUCUCCCAAAGAGGUUGGGACCGCAAGCAUCCCAUUGCAAGCUCCCCCAAACAGCAUCAAUCAUCGCUCGACCCCGGACCCCGCUUCCAAACCGACGACGAUCGUGAUGGACGCUCUAAACUGGCUGGACAAGUUCUGGAACCUGUUCUCUGCACGGCGCGACCCCUGGCGGGAACUCGGGGCUAUGGAAGAGCGCGUGAUGUCGUUCGCCAAAGCCGCACGCGCCUCGGGCCUCGCUCUAGUUGCCGUCAUCGAUGCGGCGACGAAGACCGCCGAGGCGCAGGCCAAGUGGCGGCUCCGCAGGAAUAAGGAGAUUCGUCAAGAAGACAAGCACAUGGUACUCGGCAUCGACGGCUUCUUCUCGGACGUCCUCGAAACCGCAGGCAUCCGCGUCAUCCGGCCCCUCGACGCUGACGCAGAUGACGUCAUCGCGGCCCUCGCCGCGGCCGGGGCCCCCGGCAGCUGCGUGCUGAGCAAGGACAGCGACUUCUUCCGGUACAUACCGCGAGUCCGCGUGUGCAACAACUGGGGAAUUGUGCACGGGAAGCUUCGUCUUGCGUUUGCGGCGCCCGGUAGUACGAGCCGGGCACAUACUCGGGAGAUUGAUUUUACGCUGGCAAAGUGGGCGGGGCAAAGCGUCGGGGACGGCGGGUGCAAGCUGAACCCGAGCCUACGGGGAGGGGAGAUCUGCCGCGGCACGAGCAGCUCUUCCGAUAAGCGGAUGGGGAACCUGCACGGAAUCACGCGGCCGCUGCGCGCGGCGGUGUAUGCGCGGCUAGGGGAGCGGUCGGCAGUGGAGAAGUGGCCGGAGUGGGACGAGACGAGCGGGAUCGUUCUCUGGCAGGAGCGAGAACUAGAGGCGGACGCUUCGCUGGACGGGCUGCUCGACGAUCCCGGGAAGGUCGUGGCUUGGAUAGAGGAGCAGGACGGUAGCUUCGUCGGGGAACGGUGGCGCAAAGUCGAGCGCGCGUUCAACCGGUGCGCGAUUGCUGCUGAGCUGUGUUCUGCGGCCAGUCGAGGGUCGAAACGUCCCUUAGAACUACAACGUUUGUUUACUGAGCGAAAGUUCUGCAUAGGCCAGUGAUACGUGCUAAUCUGCGGAAGAGCCGGUAAUACGUGCUGAUGGUGGCUUUGUGAAAUAGGAGCGUCUUUUGACAAAUACUGUUAAUAAUCAGCGAAAGAACUUCGAAGUGAGAGAGAGCAGAAAUAGAACAGCAGUUUCCGAGAGGAUUGGAGGAGUAGACGGCCCUUGUUUGGGCUUCGCAGGCAGGUAUUGAAUUGAUGAGAGAUGACGAAGCUUUCAUGCGCCGUCGUAUCUCGAUCUGCCCCUUGCAUUCCUUGAGCCCCGCCACUCACAUAGUGUUUGCCAGGAAGUUCCGAAAGUGUCCGUUUUCCAACCGACCGGCCGGGCCCACCAGCAG